GGUUUGAUAUCUUUGGAAAAGAUAAAAUACUCACUUUGGUACUCACCAUAUCAGAGAAUAUUACAGAGAACAACGAAUCAAUAACGGUAAAAGGUAGUAAGUACAAACGUGUGCAGUUUUCAGAAUUUUCAACAGAGAAUGUGAUUGUGAGACAUGUACUCAUUCAAAAUGAUUGAAGAUCUGUUCAAAAAGUUAUUUUUGAUUUCAACACUGCUGGUGUACAGAGGAUAUGCUGACAUAGAAAUAGAACCAGCAGCAAAUGUGACUAGCGAUAAAGGAAAUUCAACUAUUACUUUACGUAUGGAUGAAAACAACCAUAACUUCCACGAUAGAGCUGCAAUCUUCAAAGUUGGCGGUGUUUCCAGUGAACCUUCAGUAAGAUUUCUCACAACACCAUCAAUCAACUAUCAAUUCCAACAGGAAAGCGGAAAAUAUAUAUUUUAUUCGAAUGACUAUUUUGAUUACGAACAACCAGAACAACGUUCCUACAGAUUCAAUGUAUAUAACGAACAAUAUAUCAAAACCAUAUAUCUUGUUAUCAACAACAUUGAUGAUGAACCUCCAACCCUGACCUCACCACAAUGUACCUUAAAUGAAAACACCGUCUACAAUGUCCAAAACAGUACUUGCUCUUGUACGCUUACCGACCCUGAUGGAUGGCUUAAUCAAACAACAUUCAAAAUAUUACCUGGAUCAUCUACUAAAGAACCUCAAAUCUUUGACAUGGGUUUUCGAAAGACACCACCCGAUAACAUUUACUCGUCAGAUGUUUUUUUAUAUUUGAAAGAUGACGGUGAACUGGAUUUUGAAGAUAUCAAGUUUUACUUAUUCCACAUCAGUAUAAUGGAUGGAGGGGGAAAUAUUCCUACAAAUCCAGAAACACUUGCCUUUAUUAAUGUUGGAGACAUGAGAGAUACCAAACCAGAGUGGACAACUAUGAUAGGUUUCGAGCAAUUCAAUGAACAGGAAGAAAAAACGUUCGUUGUGAAAGCAAGAGACGGAGAUGUAGGCUUGAAUAAAGAUAUCAACUAUAGAGUGAUAUCACAAGAUGAUGAGGAAGCUAAGUACGUUAGUGUAAAUAAAGAAAAUGGAACCAUCCACGUCAGUCCGAUAGAUAGGGAUAAAAACGAUAUUCUCACGUACAACUUCGAGAUAGCAGCUUAUGUAGCCGAGGAACCAGACUGGGAAACAAAUAAUACUAUUACUUUUUAUAUCACAGACAUUGAUAAUAAUCCUCCGAUAAUUGAAUAUAUAAUCGAUCGAAAUAAUGAGACAAUACCAUUUGAGAAGAAUUCCAAGAAAACGAUGAGUAUAAGUUUUUUGGAAAAUUACAAUGGCGGACUGAAUACUACUAUUUUCAUUCAAGAUAUUGAUGCGGGACAAAAUGCUCAAUUCACAGUCGAACUGGAAAAAGAUGAACACAGUGAAUAUGACCAUACCGUGGCCUUCAUUGUAGUACCCAACAUUGGAUUACGUAACUCAUCAUUUCUCAUCAAUGUUUUGAAUGUCACAUAUCUGGACUAUGAAAAACCAGGAUGGAAGGAUAUCAAAUUCAAUGUCUUGACGAAAGGUGUCUUGGACAAGAAGAAACUAGAUAAGAUGUCAGUUCAUAUUGAGUUGAUUGAUUAUAAUGAUGAAAUACCACAAUUUCCUGAAGACGAAUACACCAUUACAAUAAAGGAAACAGCGCCAAAGGGACAAAAAAUCAUACAAGUUUGUGCAACAGAUCGCGAUGCAGAAGAUAAAAUUCUAGAUCAUACUCUAGUUGGUUCCUCUCACGUACUAGAUAUACUCACGAUCGACUCAAAAACAGGAAUAAUAUCCGUUAAGUCGGACAAAGCUUUCGAUUACGAUACCCUCAAUCCAGUUUUCGUUCAAGUGAAAGCUACAGAUAAAGUGGGGCACAGUGCAACAGUUCCUUUAACAAUAAAUCUGGAGGAUGUCAAUAAUAAAGCUCCCACAAUAAGUUCGGGCGACCCUAUCAGCGUUGAAGAAAAUCAAGAUAAAGGAAUAGUGCUAAAAUCAAAUAUAACAGCUUCGGAUGUGGAUACUACUGCUAAUCUCACGGUUGAAAUUAACUGGCAAGAGUCUUACGCUUUGAAAAACUCCCGUCGUCUAGACAUGACAAAUGAUACUAUUCGAAAUCAAGUUGAGUUUCUUGAUGUUGAUAGUCCAGACAGGUACUCCAGAAAAAUUCAAAUCGAUUUGAUAGUGAAUGAUGCUACAACUCAUAUUUUAGCACCCGACUAUGAACUUUUUGACUCCUUAUACCUCAGCUUAAAUGUAACCGAUCUAAAUACCGAUCCGGCGUUCUUGGAUCAGAAAAGUACUUUAGCCAUUAUACUCAUAGGCAUAAUUGAUAUCAAUGACAAUACACCAAUAUUCGAUGAUGACACAUUUAAAACUAACAGGACAGUUGAAGAAAUGGCUGCAAAAGGAACUUCUGUUGGUUCUGUGAAAGCAACAGAUCUUGAUGUGACUAACACCGUUACCUACAACUGCACACCCCAGAACCCGAAAUAUGACUGGCUGAUUGUAGAUACAUUGAAAGGAACUUUUACAGUUAAAGAUAAUCAACUCAUAGAUGCUGACACGGACCAACUUGAAUAUUUCAAUUAUACGUGUACAGCUAGCGAUGACAACAUGACUCACACGUCUGAACCGGUAUUGGUUGAAUUCUACAUUCUUGAUAGAAAUAACAAGAUUCCUAAUAUAAAUGAAUUUGAAGAAAUUCACCUUCUUGAAAAACCUGAUGAUAACCACGUAGUGGUAAAAAUCAAUACCACUGAUGCCGAUAGAGACAUUCCAUUCCAUACAGUAGUGUGUAGAUUUUCAGAACAGGGCAAUUGUAAUGAUAAGUUUUACAUUAUUGAUAAUGUAGUGAAAGUGAGGAAUGGUAAAGAUAUCGACAGAGACAACCAUGAAAAAAACUUUACCUGUUCCAUAAAUUGUGAAGAUAAUCAAAUACGUUGGAGAUCAGAAGGAGUUAAUUCCAAAUCUUCAAACUUCACAAUUAUUGUUGACGAUAAGAACGACUACAUUCCUGAACUUACUACGCCAAAUAUAGUGACGUCUGAAAGUAAAAAACAGGGUGACCUUAUCAUCAUGAUUAUCGGCAAAGAUAUGGAUGAUGGUAAAAAUGCCGAUAUCAAUUUUACCCUAACGUCGGUAAUCAAUGUUGAUGCCAAUAGCAAAAAUAAAGAUAUAACAUCAUAUUUCGAUUUAUAUAUUGACGAAAGUGAUUAUUUGAUAAACCUUACCCAUAAACAGGCACAUCUUAUUGCCAAGGAUGAUCUGAUAGGACUUUAUGGAAAAUUUAAUGUCAAUAUAACACUCGCCGAUAGAGGAGACACUCCUAAUAUCCAGUCAUACACGAAAACUUUGACGAUAAUGAAAUUCAAUUUUGCGUCACCACGUAUUAUUUCUCCAGUCGAUUCGAAUUUCACUCUUUUUUCAGACCAACAGCCAAAUAGUCCAUUAGGAAAAUUUAGAUCACCAGACAACCUAGAAGAUUUCCAUGCAAGCGAGAGUUCGACUGAAAAUAUAUGUGGAAAAUGGGACUUAAUUUUCUUUGUCAAGGAAAUAGGUCGAAAUAAAACAUUCUUCAAAUUUACCAAAAUGAAUGCGUGUACAUACCAACUACAAGUUAAUAGUGAUUUCAACUCGACAGAAGUUCUUGAACAAAAACAUUAUACGUUGCAAAUUACGGCCCAAAUAAUCACUGACGAUGACCCUCUUUGGGAUAAAGAAAACACAAAACAACAACCCUUGAAUUCUAUGAGGAAUAUAUCAAUAACAUUUGCUGAUAAUAUCCAAAAACCAUACUUCGAUAACCUAACUUUUGCUUUUGAAGUGCAAGAAGCAAAGGCCCCCCUGUCGUUUGAUUUGACAGAGAAAGCUCAUUAUGAUAUAGAAGGUGAAGGACUGAUCCCAUAUUACUUUUUGAAAACUAACAACGACACCAUCAAAGAUAUAUUUAAUGUAAGCAUAUCCAGUGGAGAUAUAACCGUUGAAAAAGAAGUCUAUUAUGAUUUGGACAAACAGUUCCAGUUCGAAAUUCUUACAGCAGAUGACAAUAGAGGUGUCAAUGAUCUCAAAAACGCACUGCUGAAUGUAACUGUUAGGGUCCUUCCUGCCAAUUAUCGCCCACCUAAGUUUAUUGAGGAAUACUUUUAUGGUGCCGUUCUUCCCGGUUUUUUCGAUGGUGCCCCCAUUAUACAAGCGGAGGCGAACGAUCCCGAUUUCAUAGAUCGGAAUAAUCUGACCUACUCUAUUGAAGGUAACAUUGAAGCCUUUGGAACAGGUUUGGAGAACAUACAGAACCCAGCAUUCGGAAUAGAACCGACUACUGGAAAAAUUAUUCUGAAGUUUACAGUGGAUAACACAAUGUCAGGGUACUUUUUAUUCAACGUAGUUGUCAAUGAUCAGGUAGAUCAGUUCGGCAAUGGUCCCCACAAUGAUACAACGACGGUAACUAUUUUCAUCAUAUCAGAGGAUAAGACUGUCGAUUUCAGAUUUUACAAUAAUAUUACUGAAGUUCAGGACAAUGAAAAACAGUUACUGGAUACUAUGGCUGACGUGAUUGGAAUAAAAGCCUACAAGCAAACUUUUCUGAACCAAUCCACCGACAAAGAUGUUUUGACAGUUGCUCGUUUAUAUUUCAUCAAUACAACUGAUAGCUUGUACAGAAAUAUGCUGCAUCAAGACGGAACUUCCGUUACUGCCGUUGACUCGAAUGUGAUAAUGAGAAUGGUUUCCAAUUAUGGAACUUACAGCAGACUACAGUCCGAACUCCGAAACUACAAGUUGAUGUUGGUGCCCUUCCCUGCUUCGGCAACUAAGGAUGAUAGUCAGAUACAAACUUGGUUGAUUGGAACAUCGGCUGUCCUCGGUGCCUUGUGUAUCAUUUUACUAAUCAUAUUCGUCGUCAAAAUUAGGCAAUUAAACAAGACGAUUUCCAAAUUGACAUCGAAAAAAUUCGGAUCACAAGAGUCUGGAUUGAAUCGACUAGGUUUAAGUGCACCAACCACCAAUAAGCAUGCAAUUGAAGGUUCGAACCCUAUUUUCAACAAUGAUGAUAUGAAAAAACCUAAAGAUAUUGCAGAUUUUGAUACACAGAGUAUCAGGAGUGGCGAUUCAGAUUUGAUUGGAGUUGAAAACAAUCCAGAAUUUGAUUUAGCAUUCGAUCAAAACGAUAGUAAAACUACGUAUCUAUAAGUUGUUGUUGGGUAUUGAUUUGAACAAGUAUUUUAAGUAUUCUCUAGCGAAAUGUAAUACAGUGUAAUAACAGUGUAAAUACAGUCACGAUACAGUAAAGACAAAUUAGUGUAUAUUUUUAAGACGUACCUACUUUUAGAAGACGAAAUAAAAUGUUAAAACCACAAUAUUC